UCCCGCCUUCCCCUGCCUCUGCCGAAGCGCUGCGUCUCGUCUGUACAUCAGGAGCAGGAGGGGCUGUCCCUGCAGUGGAAAGGAGCACGGGUGGCUGAGGCUAGAAGGUUAAGCCCUAUUCACAGCCCAGGUGCCCAGCAGAGACAGCAGGGAUGAGAGUGGCGGUGGUGGGCGCAGGGGUCAGCGGGUUGUCCUCCGUCAAGUGCUGCCUGGACGAGGGGCUGGAGCCCACCUGCUUUGAGCAGAGCAAGGAUAUUGGGGGGCUGUGGCGCUACACGGAGCAUGUCGAGACUGGCCGGCCAAGCCUCUACCUAUCGGUCAUCAGCAACACCUCAAAGGAGAUGUCAGCGUUCUCUGACUUUCCCUACCCUGAGGACUUCCCUGUGUUCCUGCCCAACGCCCGGCUCCUGGACUACCUCCGGCGCUAUGCCCAGCACUUUGGCCUCUGGAAGCACAUCAAGUUUGGGACCACUGUUGUCAGCAUCCAGAAACGUACCAACUUUGCCACCACGGGCCAGUGGGAUGUGGUUACGGAGGCAGAUGGGAAGCAGACAUUGCACGUCUUUGAUGCUGUUAUGGUUUGCAGCGGCAAUUUCUCUGAGCCCUCCCUCCCCCUCCACUGUUUUCCCGGCAUCGAGAGGUUUCAAGGCCAGUACUUUCACAGCCGGCAGUACAAGCAUCCCGACGUGUUUCAGGGGAAGCGUGUCCUCGUGGUCGGCAUGGGCAAUUCAGGAGUGGACAUCGCGGUGGAGGCCAGCCGCGUAGCUGCAAAGGUGACCCUUUGUACCAGCCGAGGUGCCUGGGUGAUCAGCCGUGUGUUUGACCACGGCUACCCAUGGGACAUGGUUAUCAACACUCGCUUUAUGAGCUUGAUCAUAAACAGCCUCCCUGGACCCCUUUCACGGGAGUUGAUUAACUACAGGGUGAACCAGUGGUUCAAGCAUGAAAACUAUGGCCUUCAACCAGAGAAGAGCUGCCUGGUGCGUGAGCCUGUGCUGAAUGAUGACCUUCCAAGCUACAUCCUGACAGGGAGGAUCACAAUAAAGCCAGGUGUGAAGGAGUUCAAGGACAACUCAGUUGUCUUCCACAAUUGCCCUGAGGAGGAGCCCAUCGAUACCAUUGUCUUCUGCACGGGCUACAACAUCUCCUUCCCAUUCUUAGAAGAAGCAGUCGUCAAGGUGGAAAACAAGCAUGCGUCCCUCUACAAAUACGUGUUCCCAACCCACCUGCAAUGGCCCACUCUGGCCAUCCUUGGGCUGAUCAAGCCAUUAGGAGCCAUCAUGCCUGUGACCGAGAUGCAAGCACGCUGGGUGACCCGUGUCUUCAAAGGCUUGUGUUGGUUGCCUCCUCAGUCUGUCAUGGAGAAGGAAGUAAACGAGAAGAAGAAAAACCAAGUGCGAAGGUUUGGUCUGUCCUUUGAUGAAGUCCUCAAAACCGAUUGCCUGGUCUACAUGGAUGAUCUUGCCUCCUUCAUUGGUGCCAAACCUAGCGUGCUGGGACUGCUCUGCAGAGACCCCCGGCUGGCCCUCAGCAUUUUCUUCGGCCCCUGCACCCCCUACCAGUACCGGUUGCAGGGCCCUGGCUGCUGGGAGGGGGCACGCCAGGCCAUCCUCAACCAGUGGGACCGGACCCUGAAGCCCACAAGAACACGAGUUCCUGCUGACUCCUCCAGCCCUAGUCCUUCCCUCCUGACUGUGGUGGGGGUUCUCCUGCUCCUGGCUGCACUGGUUUUUGGUUUCUGGUAGAUUUUAGAGCCUGUGUAGGGUUUUUCUGUCCUUGGGGAUGUUAUCUCAGGUCAGACAGUUCCACAGAGUGCUGCAGGAAAUCAGGAAAGGGAUUUCAGCAGAUCUCCACAAAUUUAAAACUCUAACCAGCAUCACAAAUCUCUCUCUGCUCCAGCUCACCCCCAAGCACAACUUUGCAGAGCUGAUUAGCUAGGGAUGGCAGCCUCCUCCCAGCAUUUAUCACCCCACUGCUGCUCUCCUGCUGCUGUGAGCAGAGCACAGCUGUGCGGCAUGGCCAUGCCUGGACCAUGCUGGCCAGGAUGCAGCAAGGACAAGACUAGCAAAAAUGGCUUUGGGUGUCACAGAUGGAAAGGAGCACAGGUGCCCAGCCCUGGCCCAAGUCACCUGGGAAUUGGGGUCUUUAGUCCAGAAGGGGUUAUCUGGGCUGGGUAUGCAAGUCAGGCUGUCCCUUCGUCUAACCUUAAACCUUACAACUCAAAACUCCCAGUUUGGGUUGCACUGGUGCAUCUUUCCAGCAAAAGGGCCCUGACUGUAGUGGUUUGUCACCCCUGAGACCAGGGCCGGUACCCUGCAAGGCUGGGCGCUCCCAGCUCCACUUCUUUGUACUCCCCACCACCAGACAAUCCAGGGGCUUUGUUUUGUGCACAGAAGGACUUUCAAUCAAUAAAAUUUCAUCAGCUGUGG